UCCCUUGGUGCAUUUUUUUGUUUUGUUUUGUUUUGUUUUAUUUUCAUCGUUUGAUGGUGGCUGUUCGGGGAGCCUCCAGUGGAGAUUGAGAGCACGUAAAAGGGGAUUGAUACCUGAAGUUUUCCUACUGUUUCCUCGUCCCCUGGGGGAUUUUCUGAAUUUCUAAACAGUGUUGAGCUCCACCGAGGAAAACGAGGAAGAUUGCAACGGCGGGAGCGUGAAACGAGUGAGCGAGCCUCAAAAAAAAAGGAAAAGAAAGGAAGGACGGAAAAAAGGAAAGAAGGAAGGACAGAAAAAAGGAAGGAAGGAAGGAAGGGAAGGGAAGGAAGCGGGAUGGCCCAGCAAACAGCGGCCGUGGGCCACCAGGACACGCUGGCCGUGCCGCCCAUGCCCAAGCACGCGGGGCUGAACGAGGACCUGGUGAAGAUCCUGCGGGAGAACCUGCUGCAGCAGGAGCGGCCUCGGGGCCACCGCCGCUCGCCCUCCUCCAUCUCGCCGCGCCUCUCGCCCCGCAACUCGCCCCGGCUGCUGCGCCGCAUGAUGCUCAACAACAACAUCCACAAGCAGAGGCGCUUCACCGUGGCGCACACAUGCUUCGAUGUGGACAAUGGCACGUCGUCGGGCCGCAGCCCCCUGGACCCCAUGGCCAGCCCCGGGUCGGGUCUCAUCCUCCAGGCCAACUUUGUGCACAGCCAGCGACGGGAGUCCUUCCUGUACCGCUCGGACAGCGACUACGAGCUGUCCCCCAAGUCCAUGUCCCGGAACUCCUCCAUAGCCAGUGACAUUCAUGGGGACGACAUGAUUGUAACUCCAUUUGCACAGGUUCUGGCUAGUUUGAGAACUGUGCGGAACAAUUUUGCUGCAUUAACCAAUGUUCAAAGUGAAAGGCCCUCUAACAAGAGAUCGCCCAUGUGCAACCCGCCAUCCAUUACAAAGACCUCAGUCUCAGAGGAGGCCUACCAGAAGCUGGCUACCGAGACCCUGGAGGAGCUGGACUGGUGCCUGGACCAGCUGGAGACCCUGCAGACCAGACACUCGGUCAGCGAGAUGGCCUCCAACAAGUUCAAGAGGAUGUUGAACAGAGAGCUCACCCAUCUGUCGGAGAUGAGUCGGUCGGGGAACCAGGUGUCGGAGUUCAUAUCUAGCACAUUCUUAGACAAGCAGCAUGAGGUGGAGAUGCCAUCUCCUCAGACACAGAAGGAGAAGGACAAGAAGAAGCGGCCGAUGUCGCAGAUCAGCGGCGUCAAGAAGCUCCAGCACAGCUCCAGCCUCACCAACUCCAACAUCCCCCGCUUCGGCGUCAAGACGGAGACCGAGGACGAGCUGGCCAAGGAGUUGGAGGACGUAAAUAAAUGGGGCCUUAAUGUUUUCAAAGUCACAGAGUUCUCUGGGAACAGACCGUUAACAGUCAUGAUGUACACAAUAUUCCAGGAGAGGGACUUGUUAAAAACGUUUAAGAUUCCACUAGACACCUUCAUUACCUACUUAAUGACUUUAGAAGACCACUAUCAUGCAGAUGUGGCCUAUCACAACAAUAUCCAUGCUGCUGACGUCGCCCAGUCCACCCAUGUGCUGCUAUCAACACCUGCCUUAGAGGCAGUCUUCACAGACCUUGAAAUUCUCGCUGCCAUUUUUGCCAGUGCCAUUCAUGAUGUUGACCACCCCGGCGUCUCCAACCAGUUCCUCAUCAGCACAAACUCUGAGUUGGCUCUCAUGUAUAACGACUCAUCGGUGUUGGAGAACCACCACCUGGCCGUGGGCUUCAAGUUGCUGCAGGAGGAGAACUGCGACAUCUUCCAGAACCUGACCAAAAAACAGAGACAAUCCCUCCGGAAGAUGGUCAUUGACAUUGUUUUAGCGACGGACAUGUCCAAGCACAUGAACCUGUUGGCCGAUCUGAAAACCAUGGUAGAAACCAAAAAAGUUACCAGCUCGGGAGUGCUACUCUUGGACAACUACUCCGACCGGAUACAGGUCCUGCAGAACAUGGUACACUGUGCCGACCUCAGCAACCCCACCAAGCCCCUGCAGCUGUACCGGCAGUGGACCGACCGCAUCAUGGAGGAGUUCUUCAGCCAGGGCGACCGGGAGCGCGAACGCGGCAUGGAGAUCAGUCCCAUGUGUGACAAGCACAACGCCUCCGUCGAGAAGUCACAGGUGGGCUUCAUCGACUACAUUGUCCACCCGCUGUGGGAGACCUGGGCUGACCUGGUGCACCCGGACGCCCAGGACAUCCUGGACACGCUGGAGGACAACCGGGAGUGGUACCAGAGCACCAUCCCCCAGAGCCCCUCGCCGGCCCUGGACGAGGCCGAGGACGGCCGACGGCCCGGCGGCGCCGCCGACAAGUUCCAGUUCGAGCUCACGCUGGAGGAGGACGGCGAGUCGGACACGGAGAAGGACAGCGGCAGCCAGCCCGAGGAGGAAGAUGAGGAGGAAGAGGAAGAGGAGGAGGAGGACAACAGUUGCAGCGACUCUAAAACUCUUUGCACGCAGGACUCAGAGUCGACCGAGAUCCCCCUGGAUGAACAGGUAGGGGAGGGGGAGGAGGACGAAGAGGAGGAGGAGGAAGAGGGAGAGGGAGAAGGAGAAGGGGAGAGUUCGGACCCCUGUGUUUUAGUGGAGGAGGAAGAGGAGGUGGAGGAGGAGGACAACGAGGUGAAAACCGCUGACACGUAACACACGACACACAGAAGGCGCUCAAGUGACAUUUUUAUCUAUCCACAUUCAAACAAAAGGAGUCCCGAGUUUUUAUUUAUUGUGUUGUACUCCUUUUGUGUAGUGUUUUAUGUUGGUUUUCUAUUAUUAUUAUUUUUUUCUUUCCUGGAUAAUAUGAUGCUUUCAAUGUGUAUACAGUUCUCCCCUUCAGCUCUCUUCUGGUUUCUACUGGUUACCCUAUGCCUUCUGUCACGCUUUUCAAGUCGAGCCCCACCGGUUUUGCACUCAGGAAUAUCAAUUUCAGUCCAUUCCAGAUCUCAUUGGUUUGUUUCUCCUCUUGACUUGAGGAGAAAGAUAACAAUUUCAAAUGUGUGAACAACAUAUCUUUUUUUUAUUAUUAUUUAUUCUGUGCUUCAGCAGUCACCUACUGUAGAUGCUGUCCAUUUAUGAUUCCUUCUCUUUGUUGAAAAGGAAGGCAGUAUUUCUGUAUUUCUAGAAAGAACCUGCCAAAACUACUCUAGAGACUGGUGGCGUCUUGACGCUAAGGUGCAAAUAAUGGGACAGGGGUGUGCUUUUUGAAAGCAUGUUACGUUUGAAAGCAGUGAGGAAAAAGGCUACUGAUUGUGAAAAGAAAUUUUCCCACAAUUUAUAACCACACUUUGUGAAAGUUAAACAAGUUCAAGUCUUCCUAGAUAUCAACUGAUCCUUCACUUCUUCAUCCUCUUGAGUUCUUCUCGUAAGGUCCAGCCAUUUUAACAUAUUUUCUGUCGUCAGUGAGGUAACAGGCUGACAGACUGUCAAAAUAUAUACACUGCUCCAUUAGCCACUACCUUGGUUUUUGUUGUUACCAUGGUUACAGAGGAGCAGAAUUUUGCACUUCUAUAAAGUAAACACUCCCUUUGUUUCAGCGUCAUCCAUUCACGUGGGUGAUUUUGUAAAGAACUCAAGUCAUGACAGAUGUGUACAUUCAGCACAUUUUGGCGUUUUUACAUUUGCGUUUGUGUGUGUGUGUGUGUGUGUGUGUGUGUGUGUGUGUGUGUGUGUUGUGUGUGUGUAUGUAUGUGUGCAUGUGUGUAUUGUGGGGGAAAAGGAGUGAUAUAGUUGAUUGAGAGCUGUCACUGCAAUGAUGUCACUACUGAUCACCCCCAUGACAUUUGCCGAUGCAGCUCAAGAAUCUCAAUGCUCAAGUGCAGCGCACAUCGGCACCAGCAUGAGUGCGGCGCACUCUAUCUACGCUGUCUACGUUACAUCACAUAGAUUCCGUAGUUUUCAAUACAGCUCUGCCCACCACCAAUGAAACCUUCCGCCACCGCCGUGCUGAUGUGAAUUUACCAUGGAAUUCACAGUCACCAAAUGGAAUUCUCAUUGUUAACGGUAUUCAUUUUCAUCCAAACAUCGGACAAUCAGUCUCAGCAUGAAAUAAAAAAUAGUUGGCCAUGGAUGCAUUGAGCCACUUUUGCCAAAUCUUUCUUUUUGUAUUCUUUUACCCUUUUUUUUCCAAAAUUGCCAAAUUGUUCUGGGCUUGAAAAGAAUGCUGCACUCUGGCCAGCCAACCAUCAGAUUUAUUUUUGUGACACCUUCUGCUCUUAUAACUACACGUAUCAUUUCAUUGUUAUCAUUACAGUACCUUUGUUUGGUUGCAUUUUUUUGUAUUUAUUAUUGUUUUUCAAGUCAUUAUUCUGUUUUCAGUUUUUCUGUUGGUUGUUUGUCUGAUGUGCUGUUGGCAUACAACGCAGUACUGUAGACUUGUAGCAUUACUAACACAGCAGAAUUGCAAGUGACUGUACCCAAAUCUUUUCUUUUUUUAUUGUUAUUAUUCACUGUAUAAAAAAGACAAUGUACAAAUUUGUAACCCUAGCUUAUAAAAAGUCCUUAUUUUUUAAUAAUGUCAUCAAUGUGUGUUUCUUUUAUUUAUUUCUGGUUUCUUUGUGCCAACUUUUUUUCAUUAUCACCUGACAACCUUAUUUCACAAGAGUAACUCAUUUAAUCUGUUUACAAACAUGUAUUUAUUGUGCUGUAAAAUAUAAUAUAUAUGUACAUAUAUAUAAAUAUAUAUACAUAUAUAUAUAUAUUGUUAUUACCAUGUUGCUGUUUGUUGCUGUAAAUGAUGUACAUUUCUAUCAUCCCUUAUGGUGAUGGUGUUGCCGUAUUACGUAACUCUUGUUGAGAGAAUGUUUAUUAUACGUGCUUAUUCAAUGUAAAAUAAUUCCAUUGAUAUCUGUCUCCUGAUAGCUUGUUCUGUUUGGAGAAGGCAGGGGGAGGGGAAGAAAAAAACAAAAGAGUCCAAAUUAUUUUUUGUAGAGCAAACUCAAACUCUGUACUUGGCCUGAGGGCUGUGCCUUAAGUGUACCAUGUUAGGUUUCGCAUCUUCCUUUCCGCUGCACUAGAGAUACUAUCAGCUGGAGUUGAAAGCCCCUCUGUAGUGUUUGUCCCUGUCUUUUAAUAGAAACACAAUGUUUUAUUUUCUUAAAAAAAAGAGAGAGAGUGUCAGACCUCCAAGGGUCAGCAAGACGAGGGAGUGUGAGUGGCUGAGUGAAGAUUAAAAAAACGCAACCAUUUCUGUCGUUGUUGUAUACAGGCCAGUAGUUUGUUCCAUGUGUGCACGCUUUGUUGCAGUGCAUGAGUGGGAAGCUAUAACAGGAAAGAAUGUUCUGUUUCAGUCGCUGCUGCAUUUUCUUUCUGACUGAAACCUAAACAGACCUGCAACAACAUCACAAGUUCAUCCCGACUUUAUAGACGGAAAACCAAUCCAUGCGUCAUGCAAUAUGCUUUAGAAUAUAAUACUGAAAGAAAAAAACACUUAUCUUUCCACCAGACAAAAAAAGAAAAAGAAAGUUGUGAUAUUUUCACAUGUGGUGGAGGCAGUACCUUUAUAAAAUAUAUAUAUAUGUUUAGCAAUGGAGACUCUUACUUUGACACAUACUGUAGACCCUUACAGCCCUGGAUCAAUGGAAUCAGUGGGUACCUGUCAGUUUUGUGGUAUCUGUCUAAGAAUAAACAGAAUGCACUAACUGAGCUUUAUUUUGUUGUUUUUAGCACCACUUUUUGGGGUUUAUGAUUCCUUUUUUGAAUGCCAACUUGUCUGGAGAUUUCACAAGACUAUAGAGUUGUUUUAUUGGAUUCCUCGUUUAUUGCAGUCUAUUGGAUAGAACUGUAGAAGACACCUUCUGUAAAAAAAAUUACAAAAUGAAAUAAAAAUGUUUUUAUAUGCAACAGAUUAAAUAAAGCAUGGGUUGAUACUGUCA